AUGUUAAAGAAAUCUCAUUACGACUAUUCGACAUUGCUCAAGAAAGGGCCUGCGACUGAUCUUAAAAUCUGUACCGGUGAGAAUGUCUGUUGUACGAAGAACAUCGAGGAUGAAAUUAUUCAGAAUAGUGAAAAACUAUUCAAAGCUCAACUAGAGGAUAAAAUUCUCGUCUUACGUCACUUGAUCAACACAAAUCUCAACAGUUUUCGAACAUACUUCUACAACUCACUUAAUGUAUGCCAUGAGCGUCUGGAUACGCUAUUCGGACGCACUUAUGGUCCAUUUUAUCAAAGCAAUUCCCAGAUUUUCGACACUUUCUUCAAUCGACUACGCGCUUUCUCGUCACCGUUUUCGGACUCGAAAGUCCCACAGAUCACCAGCAAACUUUUCGAGGACAUGUUUGUCAUCAUGUUUCAACUGAUGAAUCCCAUGCACAGUGUGACAUCCGUCCAACGUCGUUGUUUGUUGGAGGCAAUGCCUGAAAUAGCACCAUUUGGCGAUGUGCCUGAGAAGGUCACUCAUCAUCUGGAAAAACCGCUAGUAUUCUGGAAACAUUUCGUUUCUGGUUUGGACAAUAUGUACAAUGUUUUGGAUGGGUUUAUGAAUGUGUCCUCUUCCAAGGAAUGCCGCCUAAACCUGGCAAAGAUGUGGGAUUGUUCGUUGUGUAGUGGUGCGGCGGAUUCCAAACCAUGUCCUGGUCUUUGUAUGAACGUCAUGAAAGGAUGCUUAGGUGAUUGGACCGAAAUCGAUCAACAAUGGAAUGCUGUUAUUGAUUCGUUGCUGAAAAUCUCCUCUCGAAUUCGAGGAAAUCAAAACCUACACAACACGUUGCAACCGCUUCCAGUUCAACUGAGUGAAGCGAUAAUGGAAAUGCAGGAACGGGGAAUAACUGUUUCAAAUAAGGCGAUCGCUCGUUGUUACCCAAUCGAGGAUCUCAUGCAAACCGCUCGUCACCUGCGAUCAACCCGACAUCGUCGUGCUGUCAUCCCGAAAACGAAACGAAGCGUAACUGAUCAAGCUGAAAGUUAUGGCAAAGUUCUGAACUCGUUGAUGACAUCCUUUGCUGAGCGGUUGGAAUCUCUUCGGGGAUGGUUCUCUGCUUUGCCUUCGUCAUUCUGCUCGGAUUCUGGGCUUGUGACAAAAGAGAACGAGACAUGCUGGAAUGGGACCGCAUUGGCCCCGUACACAAACGAAGUGGCAGGAGAUGGCUUAGCAAAUCAGGCUACAAAUCCAGAAUAUCAAGCGGAUCGAUUUUUGCCUUACAGAGGAUUGUUUGUCGAUGAACGACUGCGGUUAGGAAUGCUCGCAUUCCGUCUUCAAAAUGUCCUUUACGGCCAAAAUUACACAAAUUAUCAUGUCGAAGGUAGUGGUGAUCCGGAUGACGAAGAUUAUGAUGAAGGAUCCGGCUUAUCGAUUGUUCCUCUGUAUUCGACGGAUUCCACGGAACAAGCACUUGAACUGAAGAUUUCAACGCCAAAAUUGGCUCAAGAACGACUGAAGAACUUCACAUUGGAACUCACGGCCUCCAAUGGAAUGAACAGGGAUGAGGCUCUUCGAGUUUACUAUGACGACUAUGACCAUUCAUGCUGUAGAGCUGCGCGAGCUCCAUGCAACCACGAACUCACGUCCGAGCUCGCGAGUCGUUGCAGAGACGCGAUAGAAGAAGAUCUUAAAGAGAGAAGAGCAGAAGUGUUGGCUGAAGCUGCAGAUGCGGCUGAACCUGGACAAAGCGAUCUUCAUGAGGAACAGAAGGAAACAAGCGGUUUAGGGAGCAUAUAUAAGCGUCGAGGAUAUACCGAAGAGGAUUAA